AUGGCGUCGGCUGCAAAUGCCGCAAGGCUGAACAUAUUAAGCUGCAGGCAAGUCGUGAGACUGCCGAGGGUGGCCCGGCCCCAGCUCAUCGCAACCCCCGCGACCAGUCUCCGACGAACGUUUACCAGCACCACCGCUCGACGGGCCGAAGAACCACCUGCACCGACGACGGACACGGAUGCGGCAGCUGCAGCUGCGAAUGCGGUAGAUCCCAAUUUCGCAGAUUUGAAGGCGGGCAACAUCGACAAGCUGCAAGGCUCCCGGAUCCUCGAUUAUGCUGCGAAAGAGAAUGGAUAUCUUGACUUUGAGGAGUUUGUGUCGACUCACCACAAGGUUGGGGCUGAUGCUCCUUCCUCAAUUCCGAAAGUGAGAGCGUUUGAGCAGACUCUCAAAGAGAUUGACGAGGGACCGAGGGCCGAGAAGAGCAGUUUCUGGUACGAUGAGGAUGAUCCGGAGACCAACACUAACGAACACGAUGAAUUCGAUGAGGACGAUAUCACGGAAAUGGCACACUCGAAAUUGGAAGAGGUCAGGGAGAUGCGCCACUACCAGCGCCUCGCUAUCUGGGAGCUCCCUCUCCUAUCAAAGCUGGCAAAGCCGUUCGAACCACCUACGGAGAAGCAAGUCCUACGAUGGCGCUACACUACGUACAUGGGCGACACGCAUCCUGCAGAGAAGAAGGUUGUCGUGCAAUUCGCACCGGACGACCUCGGCCUCACCCCGGUGCAGGCCGAGAAACUGAAGAAGCUCGCCGGCCCCCGAUACAACCCCGAGACCGAGUUCGUCAAGAUCAGCUGCGAGAGCUACACGCACCCCGCGCAGAACAAGCGGUACCUGUCGAACCUGGUGGACGACCUGAUUGCGGCUGCCAAGGACCCCAAGGACACGUUCGAGGAUAUCCCGCUGGACACGCGACACCACAAGAUCCAGGAGAAGCCUAAAUUCCCCAAGGAGUGGCUCAUUACUGAGGAUCGACAGAAGUUCCUGGAGGAGGACCGGCGGCGGGUGGGUCUGGAGGAGUACCAAGCUAUCCAGUCUGGCGAGCUGGUGGAUGGCAAGCAGGCCAUCAACAACUACCUGGCGAAAAAGAUGGAAGACGAGCAGCGGAAGCUGGAGGAGGUUGUGGAGGUCCCCAAGGGAGGCGCGGCUAAGCCAUCGACUUGGGCGAGCAAGUCGGGCAAGGCGAGGAGGUAG